UAACAAACUUGAGUGAACAUGCAGCAGAGCUCUGGCCCUUCUCGUCUGACCAGGAUGCACCAGCACUGGACUGAUGACCAGGAUGAGGAGCAGCAGACAGCAGGAAAGCUUUGCUGUAACCAUAGUGCCAGGUCAAAGGUCAAGUUGGUGUUGCCAGUGCUGAUUCCUGGCUUCCUUCUCCUAACUGUGGGCAUCACUGCUCAUGUUGUUGCCCAUGAAGUUAAGGAAUACCAAGCUGGAUGUCAGCCUGAUAAAUGUGACCAUGGCUGGGAAUCACAUGGUGGACAGAGCUACUUCUUCUCUAAUAAGACUCUAAACUGGACUCGGAGUCAAGAAGAAUGUGUCCGUAACAAGAGCCACCUGGCAAUCAUAAACGAUGAAGAAGAGCAGGUUUGCUAA